CUGCAACUAAAAACAUCGGUUCGCCGAGCUCCCACUCCCAGCAGUGACCUACAUUAUGCAGACUGCCGUGCGUGGAAGAUGUAACACUUGUAGAAGUCGCGAUAAUUCCAUAACUUUCGCAAAAUAAACUUCAAGUGACAGGAAUACGUGAUGUGGAAGCUAAGUCGAACAAAGUCGUGCGUAGUCAAAAUAUACUUUUCAUUCACAACGACAAGAAAUUAAAAUGGGAAGCGGUAUCUUAUCAUUGUUUCCCAGGAACAACAGGUAGGAAGCAUAAGCCACGAAAGAAUGACCAGAUAAGUCGGCCUAAUAACAGCAAUGUGUACCUGACAUAAAAACGCCUAUGCUUUAUAUGGGCAGAAGCGCCCGUACAUUUCGUGGACUUCAAAUGACAACAAAUUUAAAUAACGUUCAACAAUUGCAGUGAACUCCCAGAUACAGAAAGAUGGAGCAUGCAGAUCUUGUUGCCGAAAUGGCUCAUGUGGAGCACUUGAGCACUCAGGAACGCCUCCAUCUGGCUCGUCGGCGGAGGCUACAACAGCUGAAACUAUGGAGCCAGCGCGAGAAAGAAUGGAUGAGGCACAGGGGAAACUCCAGAGAAAUCAGCAAGUCAUCAAAGCGGCAUAUAUAUUUUAGUGACAGUGUAAUGCUGCUAGAAGCAGCAGCCAGAAAUGAUAUAGAUGAAGUGAGAAGACUUUUAAUGAAAGGUGUCAGUCCUGACUCAACAAAUGAAGAUGGCCUUACUGCUUUGCAUCAGUGCUGCAUAGAUGACAAUGAGGAAAUGAUGAAACUGCUUAUAGAGUAUGGAGCAAAUGUGAAUGCAGAAGAUAGUGAAAAAUGGACUCCUCUUCAUGCCGCAGCUACUUGUGGCCACUUACAUCUUGUUAGAUAUCUCAUUAGUAGGGGUGCCAAUUUACUGGCUGUCAAUGCAGAUGGAAAUAUGCCAUAUGACAUUUGUGAAGAUGAAGCUGCACUGGACUAUAUAGAGAGUGAGAUGGCACGAAGAGGUGUUACGCAAGAACUUAUUGAUGAAACACGUGCUUCCACUGAAACUCAAAUGCUACAAGAUCUGCAGGAAGCUGUUGCCCUUGACCUGGAUAUUGAAGCUGCUGAUCAGCAAGGAGCCACACCUCUACACAUUGCUGCGGCCAAUGGAUAUCUAAGAGUGGUGGAAUAUCUCCUAGAUCAACAUGUUUCAACAGAAGUCCGAGACAAUGAUGGGUGGCAGCCUGUCCAUGCAGCAGCCUGCUGGGGUCAUCUGGAGGUUCUGGAAAUGCUGGUACAGAAUGGCGCUGAUCUGAAUGCGAAAACACACCAUGAUGAAACUCCUGCAGAUAUCUGUGAAGACCCAGAACUCCGAGAACGCAUCCUUCAGUUACGUACUGAACAAGAAACAAAACGAAUGCAAGAAGCAAAGAAGGGUCGUGUAAAACGUUCACAGUCGAAUACGCGUACACAGUCUGUGAGAAGAACAUCCAUCCGUGAUAAAGUUCUUACCACAAAGAAAGACGCUGUUGAAGAAGCUAGGUUGAGGUUACAAGCCCGGGAAGUGUUUGCUCCUCAACCGGAUGAUGGGGACUCACGUGCAGCUUCUGAUGUAUCAACAGAAAACUUUGUCAAUGGCAAUGUAGCACGCCCGGGACAAGAAGUUGUGCCAAAUGCUGCUCGACAUGCACCUGAUGGCAAGGAUGAUUCUAGUGGAAUGACUGCUGUUGUAGAAGCCCAAGAUGUGAAAGGUCCUCCAUCAGCUCUAGAAAUACCUGCAGAAACUAGUUACGUGACUGAAGGAAAUGGUAAAAUAAACAUAAACGUCACAGUGACAAUCAAUGCAGGAACAUUGGCUGACUUAAAGAAACAACGGGCACAGAUUAGAAACAGCAGUCCAACAGAAGUGACUGGUGGUUCUGCACCACUGUUACUAUCUCCUUCAUCAGUGACAGGAUCUGACAUGCUACUGACUGACAGCUCUGCCUCACCACCUGUGAGGCGUUUCACUGGUAACACUAGUGAAAUUGUUGGUGAUCCACGUACCCGCCGUUGCUGCAUCAUCUCGUAAGGAAUGACCUUGUGUGUUUAGGCAGCAGAGAGAGAGAGAGAGAGAGAGAGAGAGAGAGAGAGAGAGAGAGAGAGAGAGAGAGAUUGUGAGAUUGUGAUUGCAUUGUGAUGCAGAAAUAUCUGAAUGUUGUGUUCAUAUGCAGCUGUAUUGAUGUAUUUCAAAACCAACAUCUAUUUUUUUAAAUGUUAUUUAUAUUACUGUUAUAAGAAAUUAUACACAAAAGUUGAAUACUUGUCAUGGUAUGAUGUUAAUCUAGCUGUUCCGUGUGUAUUUACUGUUGUUCUUGAACACAUUCAUGUUUACCUGUUUAAGGAAAUAAUUUUUACAUGGAAGAAGAAUGUGUUAUAGAGGUUACUGAUUUUUGUACAUGUGAAAUAGGGAUGCAAGAACACAUGAUGUAUGUUCUUUAGUAAUUCACAUCUUUCAUUCACUUUGUCAUCUCAUCUCUUGAAACCCGUUUACCCUUUCUCAGUAGCAAAGUCAUGAUCGAGUAAAUGAUGACCAUUAAUUAAUUAGAACUAGAACAUACAAGAGUGCAAAAUAUCUUAAGUGACUUUCAGCUAUACUCUUCAGAGUAGAAAUACCUGUAUACAUCAGUAGGAGAAAAUUAUUUUUGAUCUUUGUAAACAGUAUGUUUAAGGUACCGAAAAUGAUGGAUGUAAUUACCUGCAGAUAGAAAUAUUAAUUUUCAAGUUUUCCUGCAGAACCAGGCCUCGGACUCAGGGCCAUGUGCAAAUAUCUUAUUGGCAAUAUUUGUGUUAUUUAGUUUGUUGCCAUCAUCAAGUAGUACCGAGAUCACAAGAAAGUGCCCCAUAUAUUCACAGUGUAGUUAGCCCCUCCCUUGUACUGCGUUUGAUAAUCUGUACAAUUCUUGUUGUCUCAAAAUACACCUUGUAUGGUCCAUUAACAUAUUUUUUUAAUGUAUACCUCAAGUCGUUCUACAUUCCUGAAGGUUUUCCUUCUUGAUGAGAUGGACAGAACAUGACAAAUGAAUGAAUGAAUGAAUGAAUCAGUCAAUCAAUCAAUGGUGUGCACUGUUUGUUUCCUACCUUCUCAUCCAGGUCUUCAGUAAACAUUUCACUUCUAUAGCUGGUGGUGAGAUUCCAGGCAUUCACUUUUCAGUCUGAUUUAGAUAUCUUGUUGUUUCUUUAUGAAGACUGCUCACACUGCAAAUGUAGGGAGUGUAGGUAGUAUAACGGCAGUCUGUGCAUAGUCUAGUCUGAUUCAAAGUGCCAGUAGUUGAGAAUGUUAAAAUUCUCAAUGUGCUCCUGAGUGUUGGAACUGGCAUUAAAUGCUUAUCCAUAUUGAUCUUAAUUUAUGCUUCUGUUGUUAUAAUUAAAACAGCUGGUCUCUUUUGCAUUGAUUUCCUUAUUGUUGAACCUAAAACCUGCCACAACUGCUAUCCUACUGGGCUAUGUGUUUGCUAGCCGGUUGUACAGAGUUGGUGUCCAGCCUCUCUGUUAAGAAGCUUUUCUGUCAGUUUUUAUUCUAUGGUAUCCCUUAUUACGGUAUAUUAUAACUGUCAGAUGUGAGCCAAAAUUUGAGUCUCGUUAUAACUUGUCUCAUGUUCUCUCUCUGAUGACUGUGCUGCUAAUAGGAUAUUAAGACUAAUUUUCCUUCCUUCAUCUCAUGUUGUAGUUGAAGGCAAUGCUCUGCUACAGCCUAUUUGCUAGACACUAUGAGGCUCAUGUGUCUUUUUUGUCUUCCUCAUCACCUAGUUUUCUCUUUGACAUAGAUUAUGCCAAAUUCACAAAAAAAAUUAAUAAAUUCCAAUAUAACAACGAAAACAAUCGAUUAUUGUCAAAAUAAUUUAACUGGAUAGAUAAAAAAUCUACUCACCAAGCGGUGGCAUAACACACACAUAAAAAAACAGUUGUGAUUGGAAGGCUUUUGGAGCUGGUGGCUCCGCCUUCAGGCCGAAGGGUUGAAGGGGAAGGAAGAGGGGAGAAGGAAAAGGACUGGAGAGGUUUAGGAAAAGGGGGUAGAUUUUGGUAAAAGUCACCCAGAACCAUGGGUCAGGGGAGACGUACCACACAGGAUGAGAAGGAAGACUCACUUGGGUUUACAAAAAUCUGAAAUUUGUUGCCAUCCUUGUGAAUGUGGUAUGACCUCUCUAAGACAUACAGUUGGAAAUACUGAGAUCUCAUAUGCAGGAUGUUAAAGGCUCACAAUGAGGCUGGGAGUAAAUAUUGUGUUAGUGAAAAACACACACACUCACACUUUAAUUAAUGACUUAUGUAGGUAGAGAACAAACAUACACACUUGUACAUUGCCUUAGCUAGAGAUGAUGAUGUACAUGAGAGGAAGGGAUUCUAAAUAUCUUAUCUUUUACACAGAUUUAUUUCUGGAUUUUAAAUUCACAGUGAAAUAGCUGGAUAUCACACCAUCAUAUGACUUUUAACUUCAUGCCCAUAUAAUUCCAAAGUUUCUUAAGAUAAUUUCUAGGUGGCAAAAUAUUUUGAACGACUUACUAUAAUAGAAAUAUGCCUGUUUCCUCUAUUUAAAAUAAGGAAUUUUUCAGAGAAAAAUUUGUUUAUUUCUUUCUGCUUAAGUUUGUCAUUUUUUCUGCAAUCUUGUGGAAACUUUUGUCUUGGUAAUUUCAUGAUGGGGUGUAGUAGUUUUCAGUGCAUAGUCAUUAGACUAAGGAAAUGUGUUUUGUUAUGUUCAAGUCAAGAACGUGAAUCGUAUACUCCUGAAUGUGAAUUUUUACUUUGUGUACACUGUUGUGAAAACUAGAUCAUAAUCAGGAUUUGAACAUUUUUCCUGUGUUGUGGGCCAUGAGAGAUAUCUAAAUAGCUCACUCAGUAAGAGCUUUGUCAAGGGCAAGAGGAACAGAUUAAAGUACAAGUGCAGUACACAAUUUUAACCUAUCAGGAAGAAGUAUGACAGCAUUCCUUACUAAAUGAAAGAUUUAGUUCUCAUAGACUGUUUUGUACAGGUGGUGUAGUGGUUUUCAAUGGAUAGGGGUUAGACUAAGGAUACUUGUUUUUUCACAUUUAAGUCAACAUCAUGAACAAUGCAGAUCAAAGCUGCAUUGUAGAGUAUGGUGUGUCAUAAGUACAUUAGGCUUAUAAAAAGUAAAAAUUUGAGUUCCAUACUCAGUCUGGCACACAAUUGUAAUCUGUCGCAAACUUUCAUAAAAAGAUCAGACAAUUUUUUACAUAAGAAAUUUCAUAUCUAAUUUCAAGGUAUUGGCAUUAAGCUGCUAGUGUUGUUAACAUUUUAAGCAGGUUCCAUUGCCUAUUUCUAGUACUAAUCUGAGAAAUGAAAUGAAUGUAAUAUCUAUCUUGGUGAGGGUACUUUAUAAUUUCGAGAUCUGUAACCACAGAGAAAAAUUUGCAAGACAGUCAUCAUAAACAGUUACAUGUUGCUGCAGAAGUCUAACACAUGGUUGCAGCUAAGAUUUUUUUUCAAGCUGUGUUUCCUUGCAUGGUUUUCGCUGUGCUACACUCACAUUCCAUAGAACGUCAUAUGUUAAUAGAAAGAAGUUAUGAAGGAAGAUUAACAUAUUUUUGUAAUGCGUAAUAAGGUAUAACUAUUAUAUUAAUUAUAUCUGUCUGUCUAAUAUCACAUUUAUGCAAAGUUUUAGCACAAUUUUUUGUCACUAUGUUUUGUUCCCAGUAUGUUAAAUUCAAUCCAGUUUUAUUUGAAUAUGGAACCUUUAACUAUUAAAUUAUACAGACAUUCGGUAAUAUUAUUUACAGUAAAAAAAAAACUGGACAUAAAUAGCGACCUUUCUCUUUUAAUCAAAUUAAGCACAAAGGAAAGUGGUGCAGUGGUUAUAAGGCCCUGAUUCCCAUUCGGGAGAAGCAGAAAUCAGAUCACACAAAAUUUAGGUUUUCUUUGGUUUUUGUAAAUCAUUUAAGCUGAAGUCAAUUAUGGUUCUUUUGUAAAGGCCCUAGUUGAUUUCCUUCUUCUUUCUUGUCCAAUCAGACCUAAUGCUUCAUCUGUGACAACUUUGUCAUUGAUGGGAUGUUAAUCCCUAAUCUUUCUUCCUCCCCCUGGAAAAGAACCACUCAGUUUCUCUAUUGCUACUCUAAACAGUUAUGUUCUCUUUCUGUAUUUAAUUGAAGCUAAACUGGUGUUAUAGUGAGGAGAUAAAGUAAUGGAACUUUUAAAUAAUGAGGUAUGAAGUUGUCCAGAUGCAUUGAAAUUUAUUUUCAGCAAUCCCUGGCAUGUAAAUUCUCUUUCAUUGGUUGUUUCAUUAUCCUAAGAGAAAUUUCUCAUUAGCUGACUUAAGUUUCAUUAAGUACAGUACAUUAAAACCAUUUUGUGUGUGUGUGUGUGUGUGUGUGUGUGUGUGUGUGUGUGUGUGUGUGGCAUAUGUUCCGCUCCCAUAACUAAUAUCAUUGUUUUCAUGGGCAAGCACAGUUUAUCAUUAAAUCAUUAAUUACAAACAAAAUUCUUAAUAGUUCAAAAUAAAACCAAAUUUGUGUGUGUGUGUGUGUGUGUGUGUGUGUGUGUGUGUGUGUGUAUUUGGCAUAUGUUCUGCUCCCAUAACUAAUAUCAUUGUUUUCAUGGGCAAGCACAGUUUAUCAUUAAAUGAUUAAUUACAAACAAAAUUCUUAAUAGUUCAAAAUAAAGAGCCCCUUGUUCAUUGUGUGUUGAAAGACCUGCCUGUUCUUUCUUAUUUUUAAUCAUUUUGAGUUUUUUUGUUUAAAAGAAAUGAGUCAUUCUCAGAAGUAUUAAUAACUAUGCAAUAACAUGUCUAUAAAUAUGCACAAAUGAGACAUGUCUAAAAAGUAUCUGACCUUUGGCUGAAAAAAUAUUUCGAGAACAUGACGGGGUUGGGAUCCUAAUCGCCUUCAAAGUAGGCCCCUUGUGCUUGCACACACUUAGCCCACCAAUCCUUCCACUGCCAGAAACACCUCUGGAAGUCUUUCUUUGGAAUGGUGUUCAGCUCUGUCAUCGUGUUCUGCAUUAUCUCUUCUCUACUCUCAAAAUGGGAUCCUUUCAGUGGCGUCUUCAAUUUUGGAAACAACCUGAAGUUGCAAGGAGCCAUGUCUGAAGAGUAGGGAGAUUGGCGAAUGGCUGUAAUUCCAUGUUUGGCCAAGAAAUUUUGGAUCAAGUGGGAUGAAUGUGUGGGGGCGUUGUUGUGAUGCAGUUGCUGGUUUUUCGCUGUCCACGUGUCUGAUCUUUUGUGCUGAACUGCGUCACGGAGUCGACAGAGAACAUCUUGAUAAUACUCCUUUGUCACUGUUUGUCCUUCCGGUGCAUAUUCGUAAUGCACAAGUCCACGGACAUCAAAGAAGACAGUCAGCAUCACCUUGAUUUUGCUUCGCACCUGCCACCCUUUUUUCGGCCUUGGAGACUUGUGAUGCUUCCAUUGCGAUGACUAUUUUUCUUUUUCUGGGUAGUAUCCGUACACCUAUGACUCAUCUCCAGUUAUCACAGUGUUCAUAAACCAAGGAUCAGUGUUUGUGGUGUCCAGGAGGUCCUGUGCAAUGUCAAAACAGAGGUAUUUUUGUUCUGGCGACAACAACUUGGGCACAAAUUUCACAGCCAGUCGGAGCAAGUUCAAAUCGUCAUGAAAAAUUGCAUAUGCAGAAUCUUUACUCACUCCAACCUAUUGGGCAACCUCCCGCACAGUCAAACAACGAUCUGCCAUCACCAAAUUUUGCACCUUCUCAGCAACAGCUGCACUCCGAGCGGUUUAAGGCCUGCCAGAAUGCUGGUCACUCUCCGCUGAUGUGCAGCCAUUUUUGAAUUGGUUGAACCACUCCUUAAUUUGUGUUACACCCAUCGCGUCUUCUCCAAACACCUGCUGAAUCUUAAGAAUUGUUUUGCUUUGAGAAUCGCCAAGCUUUUGACAAAAUUUGAUACAGUAUCUUUGCUCAACACAUUCAGUCAUCUUGAGAGAAUCGGUAAUCCGACGAACAUGUUGUGUAGCACCUCACUCAGCGACCGAUACGCAGCGAUUGAUGCGCUGGAAGGCAAGGACAAAAUUCACGCAUUCGCAUAAAGGUAUCUUCUUUUACUGUGUACAGUGGUGCUGUGCUGUUGUCUCUAUUUUGCUCUGGAAAAUCGAAGGUCGGAUACUUUUUAGACAUACCUCGUAUUUUAUUGAGGGCAAAUGGAAGAAAAUGAUGUCAUAGAACUCACAGUUAUCAAUACUAUACACAAAUGUUAUCACGUUAAUGAAAAGUUAAAAUAAUUAUCAGGUUGAUAAACAUGUUUCUUUGAAAUUUCAAAGUACUCCAUUAAUUUCUGUGAUUGGAGGAAUACAGAAAUAAGUAAGGCUAACUCAUUUUAUGACUCACAAGAGAAAUAUAUAGAUCUAGCUUGGGAGAGAAGAAUAUAAUGACAGCAUUGAAUCUUCUGAAAGCUUUAGACAGUUUGUGUGGAAGCAUAUAUUUUGUUAGAGACUCAGUGCUGUGUGACUUCUUUGCCUUAAUACCAGUUUGUAGUCUGAACUUCAAAAAGAUGUUUACCUCCUUGAAAACCACAAUAUUUGAUUGCUGUAACAUUGCAGAGUAAAUGCUUUUCAUGUGUCCAUGCUACAGUUCCGAGAGUAUUGUUUGUGACUUUGUCACAGUUGAAACAAAUGUAUAGUUUGUUAUAAAGUUGACUGUUUAUCUCUCAUAGAUAGUUUUGAGUGUUAGAUUCAUGGAACAGCUAGAUAAUAUUUUUAUAUAAGAUUUUGUGUACUUAUUACUAUUGUUUUCUAAUUUGUACUAUUGGUUGUGGAUUGUACUUACUGUGACUGGAUAAAGUUGUGGCUAUUUUUACUUAUUUAUUUUUUAUAUUUUUCAAGGUCUGAAGGCCUAAGUAAAGAACUGAUGUUAACAGAGAUCUAUAUAGAAGAUGCAUAAAUGUUACAGGCCUAAUUUAAUUUUUUUAUUAUAUCAUACAUCAUAUGUAUAUCAUAUGUAGUAAUUGACUCCUUUGAAUAGAAGCGACACAACAAAAAAAGGAGAGAAGAGUGUGUGUGUGUGUGUGUGUGUGUGUGUGUGUGUGUGUGUGUGUGUGUGUGCAUGUGCGCAUGUUGACACAUUUUAAACUGAAGAUGAAAUAAUAUUUCAAGAAGACUGCAAGAGUGUUAAUUAUUUACCUUUAUUUGUAUGGAAUGGGUUUCAUUUCUUCUAAUACAAAAUAACACUGUCCAAACUGUGAUUUUAUAUAAACAUUCCACUUAAAUGUUUUAUUUGUACUGCAUACAGUAUUAUUAAAGAAAAACAGUAUUUAAUGAUAAAUUAUGGAACAUACAGUGUAAGACAUGGGCAGUGAUUACAGAAAACAUGCAUUUUUAUCGAAUAAUUUAAAUAUCUUGUAUUAUACACUUUUUUUCUUUUUUCCUCAUAUAAUUUAUGUUCUGCUGGCCACGGCUGUAUUUCACAGAACAUUGAUGCAUGGUCAAAAUUGGAACAUCAAACACAAAAAUUUCGUUUUUGUGGCACAUUUAGCAAAUGUUGUAAGUGCUGUGGUUAAAUAAUGAAAUUAAUAUUAAACUAUGAAGGUUGGCUGUUUACACAUACAGAUUUACAUUUACAUUCUUUUCAUAGAUCUAUUGCCUGUUUGUACCUUCUUUAUUGUCUGUCUGCUUCAUGUUAGUCACCGAUCCCGUGAAGAAAGUAAACACAGGCGUGAAAGCAAUGUACUCAUUGUUACUGUUGAUUUGGACAUAUAUUUUUCACUACACACAUGUGUAUGUCAUUUGGUUUUCUUGUUUGUAGUUGUUAUUUCACUUCACUGUUUUAGUUUGUAUUCUGCAGAUAAUGAUACCUGCAAAGGAAAAGCAGUGGUAGGAUUUGUAACAAAAAAGAAAAACUCAGAUCCUUCAGUCUAGACAUUUUAAAAAAAAUAUUUAGAGUUCCUGUUCGAGACAUCAGAAAAAUAUUUUGGACACUUUCUUAAGAAUGUAUGACUCUCACAUUAAAAAAGUGCAAUUGGAAUACAGGAGUUGCACUAGUGGUCUAUAACAGUGCUAACUUAAUGUAGUGUGUUUUUUCAAAAGAAAUGCUGCUCCCAAUCAGAGAUUUUUGUGUGAAGUAUUUCAAGAUAUUAUCCCAGUCUUAAUUAUCAUUUCUUAUUUGAUGAGCACUGCCCAAAACUAAGCUGAUAAGCCUUAGCACUAAUGCAACCUAUAUGUUUUCCUGCCACUUUCCAGAAAGUGUCCCCAACUGCAUUGUAAACACUUGUAAUAGCACACUGACAAGUGUACAUUCCUUGUGCAGAUUCCAGACUUGUAAUACAAUAUUGAAUCCUCAUUGUUCUCAUUCCAGAUGUUCAAAUACUGAUUUAUAUUCAGCCGUUACUGUCUUAUUUAUAUGUUACUGCUUUGUUGUUACUUUUGGAGUAUUUCAUAUGAGACGCAGUCAGUAUUUGUGGUAUCUUAACAUGUAAAGAUGAUCAGUCAAUGUAGUGUAUAAACCUUCCGUUGCACUUGUAAAAUAAAUAUUUGAGGCAGAACUAGAUAAGUGAGCAGAUCAUGGAGGUUAGUUACAAAUUAGAUCUGAGAUGACAGCAUGUCUUUCUAUCUCUCUGGUCUAACCCUGUGCAAGGGUGUAGUGCCAUUACAUGGUAAGCAACCUGAUGACCCAUCUACAUGAAGGUCUGUCUUGGCAAGGUGACCUGCUUGCUGCAAGCCCAUCCUGGUCAAGAUUUUAAUCUGGCCUAUCCACCUUAAUAGUGCACUUCCUCAGAGUCUUCAGCUGUCGACUGUUACUCUAUCAUUGUUAUUCUAUUGACUGUUCCCUUCUGGUGAUUGACCAAAAUAUUUCAGUUUGUUUUGGUUGACAAGGGUCAACAGUCUUGUUUUGAUGCUGAACUGCUUCAGGAUCAAUUCAUUAGUACAAUGUGCUAUCCAUGUUAUUUGAAGUAAUCUUCUGUAGCACUACAUUUCCAGAGUUAUCAGUCUUGCAGCAAUCUGCCAUCUUCAUCAUCCAAGUUUCUGCCGCAUUUGUCUUGAUCGAGAAGUUUAGCAUUCGGACAAGGGUGAGCUUUGUCUUGUCAGUGGUGGAGGUGAUAUAGAUGCAACCAAGUUUUGCUGUAGAGUUCCUUGCAAUCAAAAUGCACCUACUGAUCUCUGUCUCCAGUAUCAGUGACAACAGAUCCUAAAUAGCAUAACCAGUCAUAAUUGAAAUCUGAUUUAGAACUGGCCCGAAAUUUUCUAUUAUAGGAUCCAUUUACAUGACAUUAAAAGAUUGCCUUAUGGAAUAUUAUAGUGUGCAGAAAUGAUAGUCCAUUUUAGAAGUAACUUAUUACUUUUGAUAGUGAAAUAGUAUGCAGGAAAGGGGAUUUCAGAUCAUGGAAUACAUUUUGCAAACAAUAAAAAAGUGGUUGCAAGUAGCUAUUUCCUCUUGAUCUUGUGGAAAAGAGAACACUGCUGGUUCUAAAUAACAUUAUCCCAAUACAGAAAAAUGAACUUGCACAAUUUAUUUUUUCAGCAAAUAGUAAUACUGUUACUAGUUGUUAAGAGUUUAAAUUGUAAUGCAUCCCAUUUUUUUAAAAAAUAUUUUCUUAUAGAGUAGAGAAAGUGACCAGAACUAAGUGAAUAAUUGCUGUUGGAGGCCAACAGUGUUUGUGUUUAAAAUUUGUUGUAAUGUACAAGUUUUCUAACAGAAAAUAAAUACAAGAAUAAGCUGCAUUUAGUAGAUAUGUAUUGAGUCACAGAUGACCAUAGAAAACUACCAAACCUGAAAAGACUGUCAUUGUGUAUUAAGAAUAAGUCUAGUGUACUGCUAAGAUGUUCCUUUAUAUGUGACAGAAGAGUUACUCAUAAAACAAGUUUAUUGUACAGUAACAGAUUAGUUAUAUAAACUCAUGCAAUUUUAAAAAAAGUACGAGACAGCAUAAUUUUCUGCUGUACGAUUUUAGUUCCGUAUUUUGUUUGCACUCACCAGUUCUAAAUUGUAACACAUUGGCCUAGAUUGCAGACACUGCUAUAUUUUUUGGAAGCCAGAAUAAAAAAAUAUUUGUGACUUGGUGUACACACACACACACACACACACAUAUAUAAUAGAGGGAGACAUUCCACGUGGGAAGAAUAUAUCUAAAAAGAAAGAUGAUGAGACUUACCAAACAGACCUGCCAGCGCUUUUGUUUGGUAAGUCUCAUCAUCUUUCUUUUUAUAUAUAGCAAAAUGAUACAGGAGCUCUGAUUUAAUAUUUUUGUAAAUGCUAAAUUUAAGUCUUCCUACUGGACAUAUCAUAUUGUAUUUUUUAAUUUACGUGCAGUUAAAAUGUUUCCUGUGAGUGUUUUAUUGAUGGAGAAGAAAAAAAAAAGCACAGUAACCUAAAAGAACCUUUCUGCAA